CAGGUGGACACAGCGAUUACAGGCUAGUAACCCCUUUCUCUCUCUCAUCCUUCCCCCCACCAAUUUGUUUGUGAAACCCUAGGAGGAAGACAUACCUACAUGGUUCUCCUCUAGUCUCUGUCAUUCUUGUUGUCUAAAAUAUAGUUUUUUUUUAAGCUGAUUCUCUGUAAGACAGUUCCCACAGUUGUAUGGUGGUAGGCUGAAGUGGGGUGGAGUAGAAUACAAUGUUACGUUUUGAAGAUCUUCUUUCAAAUUGAAGAUUAGGGUUUGUUUCUGGUUUUGAAGGUGUUUUGUUUCUUUUUCUUGAGGGAGGUUCUAAGUGCCUAGGUAGAGAAAGAGCAGGGUUUAAGAAUGGCGAAUCCGGAUUUGCAAAUGAACCCUCAAAUGGAGCAGAUCCAUGGUGAAAUUCGUGACAAUUUUCGAGCCCUCGCAAAUGGCUUUCAAAAGCUGGACAAGAUUAAAGACUCUACCAGACAAAGUAAACAAUUGGAGGAUCUUACAGGAAAGAUGAGAGAAUGUAAAAGGUUGAUCAAAGACUUCGAUCGUGAAAUCAAAGAGGAGGAAAGUAAAAAUCCUCCAGAGGUCAGCAAGAAGCUCAAUGAUGAGAAGCAAUCAAUGAUCAAAGAGCUAAAUUCAUAUGUGGCCUUGAGAAAGACAUAUCAAAGCACUCUUGGAAACAAGAGGGUUGAACUUUUUGACAUGGGAGCAGGCGGUAGUGAACCUAUGGCUGAUGACAAUACUCAGGUGGCAUCAGAAAUGUCGAAUCAGGAGCUUGUUCAAGCUGGCAUGAAGACAAUGGAUGAGACUGAUCAGGCCAUUGCACGCUCCCAACAGGUAGUUCAACAAACGGUUGAAGUGGGAACCCAAACUGCUGCCAAUUUGAAAGGCCAAACGGAUCAAAUGGGACGUAUUGUGAAUGAACUGGACACGAUUCAGUUCUCUAUUAAAAAGGCAUCUCAGCUUGUGAAGGAGAUAGGACGGCAGGUGGCUACGGAUAAAUGCAUCAUGCUAUUUCUAUUCCUUAUCGUGUGUGGUGUGAUUGCCAUUAUUAUUGUCAAGAUUGUGAACCCACAUAACAAAGACAUCAGAGACAUACCAGGGUUAGCUCCUCCAGCUCCAGCUGCUGCAAGGAGACUAUUAGCAGUGGCACAAGGGCAUUUUUGACUUUUUGAGAGAAGAAAAGAUGAUUGCUUGAUUGAUUGUUGUUGGAUUGUGUGGUAAUGUUUUUAUUCUAUUUUAUUUUAUGUGAAAGGGAGAAAUAGAGAUGAAUGUAAAUGGUUGUAAAUGGCUUCAUUACUGUUGUGGUUGAAUUGGAACAACAUAUUACUAUUAUUUUAUGGUGUUGAGCCCAUGAGUUUCACUUUAACCA